UGGCGGGAAGAUGGCGGCACCCAGGGAUUGGCUGGGAAGCGUAGAGGCAGAGGGGAUCGCGGGUCGUCAGGGAAGCUCGGGAGUGGAGGUGGUAUUUCCUUCCGAUCCCGCCACACCCGCCCCGCUGUGCCCUCACGGACCCACUCUUCUGUUUGUAAAGGUGAACCAAGGGAAAGAAGAAACACGGAGAUUCUAUGCCUGCUCAGCCUGUAGAGAUAGAAAAGACUGUAAUUUUUUUCAGUGGGAAGAUGAAAAGUUGUCAGGAGCUAGACUUGCUGCCCGAGAAGCUCAUAACCAAAAAUGCCAGCCUCCUCUCUCCCGAAUGCAGUGUGUGGAAAGGUACGUGAGGUUCAUUGAGUUGUCCUUGUCUCAGAGGAAGUUCUGUCAGGGCUGUCAGCAGCUGCUGUUGCCAGAUGACUGGGAGGAGCAUCAGGAGCACCGGGUGGUAGCUGAUAUUUCUAUCACCCAGUUGAAAAGGCCCAGUCAGCUUCUUUAUCCACUGGAAAACAAGAAGACAAAUGCCCAGUAUCUGUUCACUGAUCGGAGCUGUCAGUUCUUGGUAGACCUACUUUCUACCCUUGGAUUCACAAGAGUCCUGUGUGUUGGAACACCGAGGUUGCAUGAGCUGAUCAGAUUGAAAGCAUCAGGUGAAAAGAAGUCUAACAUUAAAAGCCUUUUAUUGGAUAUCGAUUUUAGGUAUUCACAGUUUUAUAUGGAAGAUAGCUUUUGCCAUUAUAACAUGUUUAACCAUCACUUCUUUGAUGGAAAGGCUGCCCUUGAAGUAUGCAGAACAUUUUUACAGGAAGAUAAAGGUGAGGGAGUCAUUAUGGUGACAGAUCCUCCUUUUGGUGGCUUGGUUGAACCUCUGGCUGUUACAUUCAAGAAGUUAAUUGCUAUGUGGAAAGAAGGUCAAAGCCAAGAUAGCAGUCAAAAAGAACUGCCCAUAUUCUGGAUUUUCCCCUAUUUUUUUGAAUUCCGAAUUCGUCAGUUUUUUCCAAGCUUCUGCAUGCUGGAUUACCAGCGCUUCCAUAGGACGUUUAUUUGUGUGGAUGAAGCUAUGAAAUAUGGAUGUAUGUUAGAGGUAGAUUAUGAUAAUCAUGCACUUUAUAAACAUGGGAAGACAGGUCGAAAACAGUCUCCUGUGCGUAUUUUCACCAAUAUUCCACCCAACAAAAUAAUCCUUCCUAGCGAGGAAGGGUACAGAUUUUGCCCUUUGUGUCAACGGUAUGUUUCCCUAGAGAAUCAACACUGUGAGCACUGUAAUUCUUGUACCUCCAAGGAUGGCAGGAAAUGGAACCAUUGCUUUCUCUGCAAAAAGUGUGUAAAACCUUCCUGGAUCCACUGUAGCAUUUGUAGUCACUGUGCUCUUCCAGAUCAUUCUUGCGGAGCCCCUAAAGAUGGCUGCUUUAUUUGUGGUGAAUUAGACCACAAACGUAGUACUUGUCCUAAGAUCGCUACAUCUAAGAAAGUGAACAACACCUUGUUUUUCAGAGCUGUCAGAAAGCAGAAGCAAAGAAAAAGUAAUAAGAUGAAAAUGGGGACCACUAAAGGACAAUCCAUGAAUCAUACAUCUGCUACAAGGAAGAAGAGCAGGAGAGAAAGAGCCCAUCAAUAUCUUUGCUCUUAAAUGUCCAGUGACUUGAGAAUAAGAAAGAUUUAUAGUCCAACCUUUGAUGCCAUUUUCUGAAAGUGCCACACUGGACUUAAUUCUUUCGCUUUCAAAGGUAUGCACCUUUCUAAGGCAGAUAAUGGGCAGGUGGUAUUUGCUGGUUUAUGGACCCCUGUGCAGCCCCUCUGGAGACCUGGGGGAGGUGUUCCAUCCUGAGCUGGUCGACCAGAUCUCUCUGUAUGCCUUUUUUUUUCUCUCUCUUUUAAUUCUCUCUGAAUCAUAUGAUUUUGGCCUCUUUUGAAAAAACGGGCAUGCAGCGUUCUUUUGCAGAAAGUGUCAGAAGAAAAAUGAAAGUGAAAACUUGAGCUCUUGUUUACAUUGAACGCAAGUAUGUUAAAUUAGGUCCAGAAAUCUUUUAAGUUAAAUAUCAAAACAUUGUAUGAUGACUUAAACCCCACUUGCGAAGUAAAGUACAAUGAACAAUUAUUUUUAGACAAAAUGAUGGGAAGAAUUUUGACAAAACUAAAGAUAUAAAGAUUAUAAUUAUGAUUUUAUUAUUAAAUAUUUGUCUCUCAAGUACUUUUUAUAGUGUCCUUUGAUAUAAUAGAACCAUUUAAAUGUUGUAGGAUAAAUGAGACAUCUAGAAUUAUGACUUGCUCUGUCAUCUCAGUGUCUUUUAACUUAAGCAGUAAGGUUAUUUCUUUGUAAAAGUAAUAGAAGGCAGGAGAGUUUGGGGAUUAAAACCUCUCAUCCCUAUUCUGACAAACGCUUCCUGACUGUAAGUCAUUAGCCAGGUCGUUCACUUGCAGCCCAUUUCUUAUUAUUAUAUAAUUACUUGAUUAUAUAACAGUAGUUAUACCACAGGCUUGUUUUCGUGAUGACGUUAAAUGGGGCACAAGUGCCUGGCUCUCAGUUCUGUUGGUGAGAAAUGUUACCAAGUGCAGAUGGCUGGAGCCCUAGUGGUAAUCAUCUGGUGGUCCAGGAUCAUAGCGGUGAAGGAACCGGGCUUGAACUCUGAGAACAGUCUCCCCGUGUCUCUGCUACGUACCUGACAUGAUCUUCAUAAGACUGCAUACUUUUGAACUGCUUGCAUUUGCAUAAUGACUUUUCUUCCCAAACAGCUGCUUUAGAGCAGGUUUGGAGGCAUGCUUACUUGGGCUUAGCUAGAGUGCUUGAGUGAAGGUACAAGAGCUGCUCCCCAUCUAGCCUGGAAAAUCCAUCUGGUCUUUAAGUUAGGACUGUUUGAUGCCUGAUGUGGAAGCACAAACAUGGCCCUGAUCCAUGGAUUGGGGUGUAUGUAUAUUCAGGGACAUCAAAAGUUGAGCUAAGCCCCCUGGAUUUAGCAAGCAUCAUAAAACUCUUCCCUCACCCCCUUUCCAUGUGGGUUGCUAUGGUGAUCAGAGGGGUGGAUUCAGAGGUGACUGGGUGAGAUAUGAACCUUUUGCAGAAUCAUUGUGAGUGUUCCCCCCAUCCCCUGAUUCAGCCGUAGGCCUGGACUUUACUUGACCUUCAUGGUGUCCUCCAAACCAUGGUAAAGUCUCAAAAUCUCCCCUGAAAUUCAAGACACCUAAGGGGACCGUGAUUCCUGAAGAACUAGGUCCUGCUGAUAAAUGGGUUAUUAUCAUGACCCCAUUUCCUUAGCUUUAAGGUACCAUCAAUUGUAAAAUGCACUAUUGAUGUGAUUGUGGCUUUUCUGGGGGAGAAACCCCAUAGCUCAUUAAUUGUGUAUAUUAAAUUUUAGAUGUAUCUUAUUUUGGAGAUACUGAAAUGUUAAAAAAAAAAAGUACACCUUAGAAUUGAGGAAAUAGGGUAUUACUUACAAUCAGAAAUUAUGUACUUUAAAACUUUAACUGCUUAGGAAGUUAAAAAUAAGAAAUUUGAUGAUUCUGGGGGCUCAGUUGGUUAAGUAUACAACUCUUAUUUUUGCUCAGGACAUGAUGUCAGGGUUGUGAGAUUGAACCCUGUGUCGGGUUCCACACUUAG